CUUUUCAUUGGUAGCCCAUAUCUUUUCCAAGUUUCUUAAUAUAGUAACGGAAUCUUGAAUAGAAGUGAUCAUUCUUUAUUCACAUUUGCCCAUCACAUUUGCCCAUCACAUUUACUAACGUCCACCAUUACUUACCAAUCACAUUAGUAGGUGUUUGCAUUUUCAUAGUUCAAGAGAAUAUGUUUAGGAGGAAACAGCCUCCUCAAUUAUCAUUAUAUGAGGAGCUUCAGCAAACUUAUAAUGAUGUCUGUAAUAUUACAGUUAAGAAUUUAACUUUAGAAGAAGAAGAAAAGUUUGAAGAUGCAUUGAAGGGAUGGAAAAGUUUACAUACAUCGUUGUUAUUUAAAACUGAUUUGUUCGAAAAACAACAGUCUAAAUUGAGUAAUGAUGAAUUGAAACUAUUGCAAGAUAUUAAAAGUAUUAGGGAUGAAAAUGUUAAACAUUUGAUUAGAGUUCAAUUAAGAAUUGAUGAAAAAUUAAGAAGACAAAAAAAAGUUACGACCACCACCUCUAAUACCACUAAUAAUCACCUGUCGAAUUUGUCAGUACCAUCGUUAAGAACAUCGAAAUCUUUUAAUAAUUCCAAUAAUUCAAAUAAUCGAUCGAUGUUGAAAAGCUUAAGACCAAACGCUGAAAACAACCAAUCAAACCAUGGUAGUUUAUCGAAUAUUUCAAUUGCUUCUAAAAAAGCCGCUGUUUUAUCCUGGCAAAAACCGAAAAACGCUAAUAAUUCUAGAAACAAUUCAAUCAAUAUUCAAAAAGUUAAAUCAAAUGAUGAUGAUAAACUAUUUGACGAUUUUGAUCAAGAUUCCUUUGAGUUUAAUAAUUCAAAUUGGGAUAGAGUUAAUAGUUUCACCUCAAAUGAUUCCAAUGAUCAACCUCCUCCCUUAAUUGAUUUAGAUGAAAGCCCUCCACCACCUAUACCGAAACACGAUUAUUUUAGUCCAAUUAGUCAUUCUUUAGAAGAUUUAUCAAUUAAUGAUAAGAAACCACCGGUACCAGCAGCACCUGCACCGGUACCAGUACCACCACCACCUCCUCCACCUAGAUUGCGUAGUACGAAUGUUGAUAAAUUAAAACCUGCACCAAGAAAUGCAUUAUCGAAAAGUACUCCUGAUGUAAGCAGACAACAUCAAUCACCUUCACCGCCUAAGAAAAAAUAUGUCUAUACUAAACCCAAACCAAUUAAUAUUAACCAAUUGAUGAAGGUGAAUCAACAACCAUCGACGAAAAAACCAAUUAAGAAACCUCAAAUGACAAAGCCAACUACAAAGACCAAGCUGAAUAUUUCUUAUAACUACAAGGUGAUUGGUAAACCCAGUGAAGUUAAACCUCAUUCUCAAGUGAAUAAACGGAUACUUUCACCAACUACAGGAGUUCCCACCACCACAAAACCAAUUGACGAUAUAAGUGAUGAUGAAGACGAAGAGGAAGAAGUUGAAGAAGUUGAAGAAAUUGAAGAUGAAGGUAAAGCGCCAAUUAGUGAAGAAGCACAGGAUGCAUUAAUUAAAAGUAUUCGAGGAAUCGAUUAUAAUGCUGCCAAACAAAUUUUGAAUGAUAUAGUAGUCCACGGAGAUGAAGUAUAUUGGGAAGAUAUAGUUGGAUUAGAAGCGGCCAAAAAUCUGUUAAAAGAAGCGGUGGUAUAUCCAUUUUUAAGACCAGAUUUAUUUAAAGGCUUAAGAGAACCUACUAGGGGGAUGUUAUUAUUCGGACCGCCAGGGACUGGUAAAACGAUGUUAGCUAGAGCGGUUGCCACAGAAUCAAAAUCGACAUUUUUUUCAAUCAGUUCAUCAUCGUUAACUUCAAAAUAUCUAGGAGAAAGUGAGAAAUUGGUUAAGGCGUUAUUUUUAUUAGCUAAAGAAUUAAGUCCCUCGAUUGUAUUUAUUGAUGAAAUUGAUUCAUUGUUAAGUUCUAGAACUGAAGGAGAAGUUGAAAGUAGUCGAAGAAUCAAAAAUGAAUUUUUAGUACAAUGGUCAGAAUUAUCAAGCGCAGCAGCAGGACGAGGAAGUACAAAUAAUAAAUUAUCCCAAGUCUUAAUAUUGGGGGCAACUAAUUUACCAUGGUCAAUUGAUGAAGCCGCUAGAAGAAGAUUUGUUAAAAGACAAUAUAUUCCAUUGCCGGAACUGGAAACAAGAAAAGCACAAAUUAUAAAAUUAUUAAAGUAUCAAAAACAUACAUUACUGGAACAAGAUUUUGAACAGCUUAUUUCGUUAACCGAAGGGUUUAGUGGUAGUGAUAUUACUGCAUUAGCCAAAGAUUCAGCCAUGGGACCAUUAAGAUCGCUAGGAGAUUUAUUAUUGUCAACUCCAACCGAAAAAAUCCGAUCGAUUCAAUUAGAAGAUUUUAAACUGAGCUUGAAGUAUAUAAGGCCAUCGGUUAGUUCCGAUGGGUUGAAAGAAUAUGAAGAAUGGGCAAAUAAAUUUGGCUCAUCAGGGAUAAUUUCCAUCGUGAAUUCAAAAUUAAAUCAUUCAAUCGAUUCAGAUUGUUCAUCUUCGAGUAAGAAUUCACCAAAGAAUUCCCGUAAUUCAAUUCAAUUACCUCCACCACCAGAAUUAUUGAAUAAAAUCAAUUCUGAUCGUCAUCACUCCCAACAACAUCAACAUCAACAUCAACAACAACAAAUGACUAGUUUGGCCAAUUAUAAUAUUACUCCAAUUAAUAAUUAUUAUGGUCCUAAAGAUGAUAUACCUAUAGAUCCUCAUUAUACUCUACCAUAUCAAAGAUUACCUCCUGCUGCACCACCUUUACCACAACCAAUGCUACAACCCCCAAUGGAAUAUAACCCAAUGUUUUACUAUCCUCAUCCUCCUCCUCCACCUCCCGGUCCGCCUCAUCAACAGCUUAGUGCUGGUGCCCCCGGUUAUAUGCCCUACUAUCAAGGUCCAUACACCCUGCCUCAUUCUUCAAUAUCAAUGGAUCAACCAUUUUACCUUACAAGCGGACAUGAACGUAGAAGAUUAAAACAACUGAGUACUUGGACUCCCAAAGAAGAUAAAUUAUUAAGAGAAUUAAAAGAAGUACAAAAAUUAGGCUGGAGAGAAAUUUCAACUUUUUUCACCGAUCGAACACCAAACGCUUGUCAAUUUAGAUGGAGAAGAAUUAUCAGUGGUACUAGUACCAGUACUAGUUCUACAUCUUCAUCGCUGAAAAAUAAUAAUGAAGGUUCAAUUAGUGAAAUGAUUGAAACUCAUCAAGAAGAACCAAUUACUUCUUCACCGACUGCAUCAUCUCCUUCCACGAAAUUAUUUAAAAAAUCUCAUAUGAAUAAAAAAUCUCAUCAUUCAAUAAAUUUCAUUCUAAACUAAUUCAAAAUAAAACUGGUUAUCGGAGUAUUUGGGGAUAUAUUGUUAUUAUUACUACUACUUUCUUAUUAUUACUACUUUCUUAUUAUUACUACUACUUUC